AAAAAAUAAUAUGUGAGCUACAUCUGUCUCACUGAUUUUGUUUAAAGUCAUGAACUGAUGAUUAACCUAAACGAUAAGUGAUUUACAUCUUGAUUUGAAGUGCCAAGACGUGAGGAUUAACUACAACCCGCUUUGUAAUAAGUAUGUUGGACUUCUUCCUUCAAAUCUAUACUUGGUCGGUUAAGAUAGUUUAACGCGGUAAUCAUAAUGAUUCAAUGCGAACACCGAACGCCAUACUUGGAACUCGUUAUGGAACAUAUUGUGUUUAUUUUCAAACUCCUCUGGUGCUUUUUUCGUGAAGUUGCCAGCUAUAUUUUGCAAACAAUCAGUCCAGUUUAUAAGGAUCUUUCAUCGGACGUUAUACUUGUCACUGGUGCAGGAAAUGGUAUUGGCAGGCUCAUGUGUUUGGAGUUUGCGAAAUUUUGUCCAAACAUAAUAGCUGUUGAUAAGAAUGAGAAGGGUCUAUUAGAAACAUCGAAGUUGGUUCAUAAGGAAACUAAUAUUCAAAUUAAAGUUUAUGUAUGCGAUUUAAGACACAAAAAAGCUAUUGAUGAACUAUCGACAAGCGUUUUGAAAGAAUUUGGAAAAGUUACUGUUUUAGUGAAUAAUGCGGGUGUCAUGAAUGCAGAAUUUAUCACUGACCUAACACAUGAUUCCAUAGAAGAUUGUUUCCGAGUCAAUGUCUUGUCACAUAUCUAUUUAAUUCAAGCAUUAUUACCAUCUAUGAUUAACAAAAUAGAUGAGAAUUCAAGCUCUGGUAUUCCAGUCAAAUUUCGUCAUCCUAGAGGACAUAUUGUUUGCGUUUCAUCAGUAGCUGGUCGGGUACCUCUAGCAGGUGGUGCAGACUAUUGUGCAUCAAAAGCUGCAGCUCUAUUAUUUUCUGAAUCAUUAGAACUGGAGCUGCUUAAGUUGGGUGUGGAUGAUGAGAUUCGUGUUACACGUGUAUUACCUUUUCUACUUAAUACAGAUAUGUUUAAGGGUGUUACACCCAAACAUCCUUUGCUCUUCCCUACUGUGGAUGCAGGCUAUUGUGCAAAACGAAUCGUUCAAUCUGUACGUCUAAAUGAACGAGUUGUUUAUGUAUCGGCCCGAUAUCGUAUACUGCCCAUCUUACUAAUACUUUUUCCAACUAAAACGAUCCAUUGUUUGUAUGAAUACGCUAAUACAGGCAUGUAUGUUGAUCAAUUGAAGCUUUAUCGAAAAAAAGUCGGUGCCUUCAGUAGUUAACCAAAACACUUAACUUUUCUGGAAUCGCCUAUCAUAUACAUAAAUACUUUGAUUAAUUCAUUUAAUUCUCUUUACGUUUAAAUUAACUCUUUGAUACUUAUUCAUCUGUUUUUUUGCAUAGAUUAAGAAAUAAAUGUUGAUUAUGCAAGAGAUAUAGUCGUUCAAAGUUGUGUUUAUGGUGUGCUUUUUUUAGACUGCAAUUAACAACCACUUGAUUAUCAUGCGUACUUUUGCACUUGUUUUAUUUUGUACUGCCUAAUAAUAACUUUAAUAUGUUCAAUGUCCUUUGGAUAUUUAAAAAACAUUUUAUCUACUCGUUUACGGGUUUUUUUCAUUCAUAAGUUUAAUUUUUGAUUUCUUUCCGAUAAACAAUGUGAUUAGUAGAAAGUUCAAACGAUUCAGUCGAUAUCAUAUCUUUUCAUGUUUAAUUUUGACCCAUUAUACAACAAUCUUUUAAUGUUACAGCUUACUACCAGAACUAUGCAUAUUUUCUCUAUAAAUUACCCAUUAGUGACCACAUGAUAUUUAUCAGUCUGUUGAUUUUUUUGAAUGUUAUUGAAAUCUGUUAUAUCUUGAGUCCCUAUCAGUAUAUGACUUAAUGAUACCAUCAAUUAGAGAACAGUGAUUUAUCGACCGGACCAAUGAUGUAUAAAACCUGUAAGAACUGUCUAGAGUUUUUAUGGGUCCCUUCUUCCUACCUAGCCCUGUCUUUUGAGUUCAGAACACUGAUCUCAGUCUCUGAGAUAUUAAUCAUGUACUCC